CACACUUCUGCUGGCCCCAAGGCACUCCCUUAAUUUCAUGCGCUGCUGCGCAUUUGCUGGAACGGCAGGCGUGACCAUGGACAGUUUGGGAGGGGCCUAAAAGCUUUGUCUUGCCGGGUCUCCUAUCUGUACCGUUUCAGAUGUGUUUCCUCUGGGGGGUUGUACCCUGUGCUCCUCUAUGACCCCCCUAGCUGUAGCAUAAUGACCUGGGUCUGCCUCCAUCCAUUCCGAGCUCCUCCAGGACAGGGACUGCGGGACCGGGCCAUGUGGCAGGAGGGAGGGCAGCCCGAGACUGGGGCAUCCUUGCGCGAGCCCGACAUUGACCUGCUGCAGGCCUUCGUGGAGCACUGGAAGGGCAUCACCCACUACUACAUAGAGAGCACAGAUGAAAACCUCCCAGCCAAGAAGACAGACAUCCCCUGGCGGCUGAAGCAGAUGCUGGACAUCCUCGUGUACGAGGAGCGGCAGCAAGCGGCCGGCGAGGCGGGGCCGUGCCUGGAGUACCUGCUGCAGCACAAGGUCCUGGAGACCCUGUGCACGCUGGGCAAGGCCGAGUACCCGCCGGGCAUGCGGCAGCAGGUGCUCCAGUUCUUCAGCAGAGUGCUGGCCCAGGUGCAGCACCCGCUGCUGCACUACCUCAGCGUCCACCGGCCCGUGCAGAAACUUCUCCGGCUGGGUGGGACAGUUCCAGGCUCCCUUACGGAAAAGGAGGAAGUGCAGUUCACCACUGUCCUCUGCUCGAAGAUCCAGCAGGACCCAGCCUUGCUCACCUACAUCCUGGAAGGUAAAAAGAUAGCAGGGAGGAAGAAGGUGUGCGGAGAGUCCACCGCCCCGCCUACAGACACAGCUGGCCACAGGGACAAGGGCCACUCGCAUCACAGCGCUCCCGACGGGGGUCCCCAGCAGAACGGGGAGCCCUGUGGGGCCCAGGCCUUGAAUGGCCACCUGCCUGCCGAGACCGCACAGCCCGAUGGUGGGGCUGGGGAGAGCAGCCUCAUUACCUGCCUGCUCGCCUUGUGCAGGAGCAAGAAGAGCCGGGUGGCCUUAAAGGCCCAGGAGAACCUGCUGCUCCUGGUAAGCGUGGUCUCCCAGCCCGCUGCCACCUACCUGGUGCAGAGCAGCCCCUGCUGCCUCGCCGUGGCCCAGCACCUGUGCCAGCUGUACCAGCGCCUGCCCACCUCCCUCGACCCCGCAGACAUAGCUGCUCUGGAGGGCAUCAGCUGGAGGCUACCCAGCGCCCCGUCUGACGAGGCUUCCUUCCCUGGCAAGGAGGCCUUGGCGGCCUUCUUGGGCUGGUUCGAUUACUGCGACCACCUCAUCACAGAGGCACACGUGGUGGUCGCGGAUGCCCUGGCCAGGGCCGUGGCCGAGAAGUUCUUCGUGGAGACUUUGCAGCCCCAGCUCCUGCACGUGGCAGAGCAGAGCAUCCUGACCGCCACCGCCCUGCUGACCGCCCUGCUGCGCCAGCUGCGUUCCCCGGCACUGCUGCGUGAGGCAGUGGCUUUCCUCCUGGGCACUGACCAGCAGCCCGGGGCCCCCGAGGACAGCCCCCACGCUCUGUGCAUGCACCUCACCCGGCACUGCGACCACCUCUCUGACGAGAAGCCGCACGAGUGGGUGCUCCGUGGCCUGGUCCUGCGGCACCUGGAGGGCCGGCUCUACGUGGCCCGGGGCUCGCCCGAGCCCGAGAGCUACGAGGACACCCUCGACCUGGAGGAAGACCCCUACUUCACGGAUGGCUUCCUGGACUCUGGCCUUCAGCCCUCCACCAAGCCUCGCCCCGCGCCCGCCACCAGUCCAGACGGUAGAACCGCUGUGACCGAGAUCGUCAACAGCUUCCUCUGCCUGGUCCCCGAGGAGGCCAAGACCUCGGCUCUCCUGGAGGACACGGGCUAUGACACGUACGUCCACGAUGCCUACGGACUGUUCCAGGAGUGCAGCUCCCGGGUUGCCUCGUGGGGCUGGCCUCUGGGUCCCGCACCCUUGGACCCCCAUGAACCCGAGAGGCCUUUCUUCGAGGGGCACUUCCUCCAAGUGCUGUUUGACCGCCUGUCCCGGAUUUUGGAUCAGCCAUACAGCCUGAACCUGCAAGUGACCUCAGUCCUGUCCCGGCUUGCCCUCUUCCCUCACCCCCACAUCCACGAGUACCUCCUGGACCCCUACAUCAGCCUGGCUCCUGGCUGCAGAAGUCUGUUCUCUGUGCUGGUCCGGGUGAUCGGGGACUUGAUGCAGAGAAUCCAGCGGGUACCCCAGUUCCCUGGCAAGCUGCUCCUGGUGCGCAGGCAGCUGAUGGGCCUCGUCCCUGGGGAGCGGCUGGACCACCAGACCCUGCUCCAGGGCGUGGUGGUGCUGGAAGAGUUCUGCAAGGAACUGGCGGCCAUUGCUUUCGUCAAGUUUCCCCCACGUGGGCCUCACCUGAACCUCUCCCCACCCCCGGGAGGGCAGGUCUGAGCCAGGAGCGUGGCGGGUGGGGGACUCCUGUCUGCACCUCGCCCAGGACCUGCCUCCGCUUGGCAGCUGCCCCCACACUCCUGCCGGGCCAUUCUGGGGACCUUGGCUUGUUGACCACACCAGCCUGCCUUUUGGGUGGCCUGCGAGGUACCAGAUGCCACGGAGCAAGAGGUGGCUUCCUGGUAGCAGGGUGUCCCAGGGCCUUUUCGGAGGGGCUGGGUGAUGGCCAGGUGAACACUCAGACCUUCCUGUGCUGUUUGCCUGUCACUCUCUGGACUGGCUCUCUGUGGCAGGGGGCUGGAGGGGGUUGCCGACAGCUCCAGGGCUGGCCAGGAGCCCUGUCUGGGUCGCAUCAGAUAUCAGAGGCUGCCGAGACUUGACAUUUUUCCCUGCCUUCUUGGCCUGCCCCAUGGAGAAGGGACAGUGCGGGGACCACAGGGGAAGCCCCUCUUCCUGUUUGGCCCUGCUGGAGACUGUUGUGAAAUUCCCAACCGCCUUGUGGCAAGAGCCCAAAGCCUGCUCCGCACCCAGGCGGGGGCAGCUGCUAAUGAGGACCUGGGAGCAGCUGCAGCCGGGGCGGGAGUGGGGGGCUGGUGCCAGGCUCCGGCUCCAGCUGCUUUCUCUGGCGCCUUCUGAACCCGUCUCAGCAGGUCCUCCACACCUGGGCAGAGAGGUCAGAAAGCAGGGGAGGCUGGCCCUCGCCCUCCAUACUCCACCAGCGCCGGGCUCUCACCAGCCUACCCUUCCGGGGAGUGGGGCAGCUCAGGGUACAGAGGAGGGCAGGAUGCGUCCCUGACUCCAGUCUCCGCGGCCUGGCGGGGAGGACCGAGGCCCAGGCAGACAGCCCUGGUGUUGUUCUCCCCAUGUGCCCUCUGCGGCUGGGGCUGCCACCCCACCCGGCCCGAUCUGUCUCGACCUGCAGGAGCACACGGGCGGUGCCAGGCAUUACCUCACAGCGGACUGCAGUCUCUGGCUUUGCUCCUGGGCAAGGAGGAGCAGGCCAGAGCCCCUUUCGCUUCCUUUUCCUGCCCAUACUGCUUCUAGAAGCGGGUGCGGGCUGCCAGGAGGUGACGUGAAAGAAGAAACUCAGCGACCUGCACUCUCCCGCACUCUUAGCAGGAUUCAGCUGCUGUUCUGACGGACUCCACGUGUGUGUGCGUGCACACACGUGGGUGUUGGUGUGGACGGGGGCGAAUUGGGACUUCAGCUCAUGAAAUGUUGGAGGGCCGGGAUCACAGCCCCUCCCUGGCCCUCAGUGCACUUCGGCAUUUGCACGGCGUCUUCCCCAGACGGCACAGCAAUAAAUCGUGUGACUGUGGACGCA